GCAUGGGCACUCUAAAACCCCGUGCUUCACCAUCUCAGUCGAGCAGUAUAUAAACGGAAUCGAUGCGAAAGUUUGUUUGUCCUGGGCCGCUGCAUCAGCCUACCAGGUCCACAUUUCUGGAACAAAAGCGUUUCCGGGAUGAGUUUACAUAUAGUGAGAAAAUUUUACCAAGAUGUUGUGGAACAGCUCUUUGAAGAGAGUCGGAUUUUCUGGGAAGAAGAGGGUCUGGACGAAUCCUCCAUGACGGAUCUCAAGCAGAUUUGGGAAGCUAAACUUAUGGAGAAUGGCAUGGACAUCAAUGCUGAUAGCACCGCAGCGGAUAUCGAAUACGCAACAACAAAGACUUCCGGUCGAGGCAGUCGGGCAAAAAACCAAACCAGCGUGCAAAGCACGGCGGCAGCUGGUCACUCUGCAUUAUCGAAAUCAAUUGCGCAUCAACAGCAGCAGUCUGCACAGCCCGCGCAAGCGCAGCAGCAGCCACAGGGCCCUCAACAGCCAGCCGUGCAACAGCAGCAGCAGCAACCCCCGGCUCAGCUGACGCAGUCUCAACCGGCGCAACCCUCUCAAUUUCAACACCAUCCCACCCAGCCCGUGAAUUCCCAGGGGCCGCCGCCACAACCGCAGCCGCGUACCAUUAAUGUCCAGACCAUUCAGAAUUCCCAACUGAACCUGACCCCGACGGCACAAAUGGUCAGUGCCAAAACGGGUCACAAUAUGGCAGCUGCUGGCCAACAGGCCGCUUUCAAUCUCCUCACGACGUCCUACUCAGGCCCCGUGGUGCAUCUUUCCUCUUCGACAGUUCCUACUAAUGUUGCUGCACUUUCCAAUGCAAUUCGCCAGCAGCAGCAACAGCAGCAGCAGCAGAACCUCAAUCCUACAUUUCUCACUGUCAACGGUACAGCCGCACAAUUACUGUUUGCCAAUCCACACGCUCAGUAUCGAUCAGUUUCACAACCCGGUCAGCAGCCGCAGAAUCAGAUACUUGCAUCCGAUGACCAGCGUCUGCAGAGCGUAAUACAGCAGCAUUCACACAGCAACAUUGUGCAACGUGGCCAUCAGCCUGCUUCCGCUGCCGUUCAGAACCAGAUCAAUGUUCAUUCCAUCCAGCAAAAGGUUCGCCAAGCGGGAAUGGCUUCCUUCGGUCAGCAACAGUUUACGCUCAACCAGAAUCAGGCUAAUGCAGCAACGGUAUUUAGUCUCGCAAAUCAGGGCUACCAAUCUGCCGGACUUGGUCAGCAUUCGGUCAUCCAUGUGGUGGACAGCUCCGGAAAUCAGCAGCCUAUGAAUGUGAUAAGUGCGGUUCCCAACAGUGCUAUCAAUAAUAAAUCGGCCGCUGCUGUCGCCGCUGCCGCAGUAGGCGCCAGAAAGCCAGGACAGCCCUUGUCCAUACAGUUAGAUGGUAUGGACGAUGAUGAUGAUUUUGAGGAUCUGAGCGAUGAUGAACCCAGUCCUCCCAAGUCUAAUCGCUCCGUUAAACGAUUGAAAACAUCUAGGGGAGCCUCUCAGAGGCUGGAAGAGCCCGACCUUGAUUCUGAAGAUGAUGAUGAUAACGAUCCAACAAAUGGAGGAGAUGCCGUAGAUAAUGUUGUCGUGUGCCAGUAUGAAAAAGUGAGCAGAACUCGAAAUAAAUGGAAACUGCACUUGAAAAGCGGAAUGUGCAGCCUAAAUGGGAGGGAGUACAUUUUUCACAAGGCUGUCGGCGAUGCUGAAUUUUAACGGCCAUAUGAACAGCCUUUCCUUUUCUUUACCGAGAUGUAAUAAUGGCUUCUGCAAGAUGUGGAGGAUCUGUUAGACUGUUACCGAGGGGAGUUCGACUGAAUGCUGCGUAGCUGGCUGGCUGUUGUCUGCAAAUGGGUCUCGGUGUUCCGCAACUUGCAUGCUUUUAGUCGUACAAUUUAGCAGAGUUAUCAUUCAAAUGGAAAUGUAGUUUAAAUGAAAUGUAUGCUGAAGACACUUGUGCUAGCGAGAUUGGCGAUUUGUUUCUUUAACUUGUCUGUGAAUUCAAAUGUCAGGGAAACGGUGGACUUAAGUUUUAUUUCAAAAGUUGGAUUAUUUUAUUUUUUGUACAGCAAAGGAAAUUUUUAGUUCUCAAAUUUGGUGUUUUUAUCUGUUGAUUUGAACCUUUUUUAGAAGCGCAGAACGAUAAAGUUAUGGUUUAGAUGUG